UGUAGUUUCAGACCCGGAAUGUGUGCGCCGCGCUGCGCCUGCAGUCACAGAUCCGCGCUGUGACUGAGCCAGUAGCAGGAUUUAGUCUGCUCCCAUCGCCCUGCCGGCAGGAACCAGGGUCUGGAUCUGUCUUCUCCGUCGGUCCCAGCUAGGAUGUGUAAAUAGCUCCCACAGGUGUCUCCCAUGAUGGAUAGGAUAGGGGUCUCUUUCCUGGACCCCCUGGAGGACUACGAGCUCAUCCACCGGAUCGGUUGCGGCACCUACGGAGAUGUGUUCAAGGCUCGCAACAUCAGGACGUCUGAACUGGCAGCGAUUAAGAUUGUCAAGCUGGAUCCUGGUGAUGACAUCACAUCCAUCCAGCAGGAGAUCACCAUGAUGAAGGAAUGCAAGCACAAAAACAUUGUGGCCUACUUCGGCAGCUAUCACAGGAACACCAAACUGUGGAUCUGUAUGGAGUACUGUGGGGGAGGAUCACUUCAGGAUAUGUACCAAGUGACAGGUCCGUUAAAAGAGAAACAGAUAGCAUUUGUGUGCAGGGAAACCCUUCAGGGUUUGUAUCACUUGCAUGAAACAGGCAAAAUGCAUAGAGACAUAAAGGGAGCUAACAUCCUUUUGACCGAGCGAGGUGAUGUCAAACUGGCUGACUUUGGAGUGGCAGCAGAGAUUAGUGCUUCAGUGGCCAAAAGAAAGUCUUUUAUUGGAACUCCCUACUGGAUGGCUCCAGAGGUGGCUGCAGUGGAGAAGAAAGGCGGCUACAACCACUUAUGUGAUAUCUGGGCUGUUGGCAUCACUGCCAUCGAGCUGGCUGAGCUCCAGCCGCCCAUGUUUGACCUCCACCCAAUGAGAGCACUGAUGUUGAUGUCCAAGAGCAGUUUCCAGCCUCCAAAACUAAAGGAUAAAGCCAAGUGGUCUGCGGGUUUUCACAGUUUUGUGAAGAUGGCUCUCAACAAAAAUCCCCGGAAAAGGCCCUCAGCUGAAACACUUCUGCAGCAUCCAUUUGUGACCCAGCUGUUGACCCGUAACCUGAUCAUUGAGCUGCUGGACAUGGCCAACAACCCUGCAUUGCACAACUCUCUCACACACAGCAUAGAUGACGAACUGGAGAUUGGUGAAGUGGCUCCAGACAAGAUUCAGUCAUCAGGAAAACGUCUGCCUGCAGAGAGGACCCUGUCUGAAGAACAAUUUGACCAAAUAAAGUUUGGACGUCCACUGAGAAAAGUCACAGAGCCUUAUCCUGACUUGGUCUCCUAUGAUAACUGGAGUCUGUCUGGAGAUGAAGAUAACUCCCCGAGCCUGCUGGAGUGUGUGGAGCAAGCCCUGCAGAUGAGGAGUUUAACAAUUACAAGAGCGCCAUCUGCUGAUGGAGGUAGGAAGAGUGGUUUGUUCAGUCCUACAGCCUCACUGCCAGCCUUCAGCUCUUUAACUUCCAAUACAGAAGAAAGAGACCUGACAAUGAGGCCGACCUGCACACUCGGCCCCGACGCCGCCAUCAUGGCCGACUCCGGCUCUGCAGCAGGCUUGUCAAGGUGUUCUGCCACGCAGGAUAUCAGUCAGCACUGCAGUGGCCCAUGCCUGCCGUCACAACACACUGUAUCUGCAGAGAAACGAGUGGUUUCCACAGUUUCCUCCCACAAAAGAGAAACGCCAUUAUCCCCUGAGUGGAGCACACUGCGCAAAAAGCCAGAGGACUCAAGAGCUGAUUGUCAUGGGCUUCCUCCCACCCCUCAAGUCCAUAUGGGAGCCUGCUUUUCCAAAGUCUUCAACGGCUGUCCUCUAAAAAUCCACUGUGCUGCUACUUGGAUUUUACCUAAAACAAAAGAUCAGUAUCUUAUUCUUGGAGCAGAGGAAGGGAUUUACACAUUGAACCUAAAUGAACUUCAUGAAGAUACACUAGAAAAGCUGCUCCCCCAGCGAAGUACAUGGCUUUAUGUUAUGAACAAUGUGCUGAUGUCUGUAUCAGGAAAGUCGUCCCAGCUUUAUUCCCACAGUCUCUCAGCUCUGUUUGAACAGAAAGGACACCUGCAAAAAAAACACGGUAGUCUGUCUCUCAGCACUAACCGCUUCACUGAGAGGAUCAUUCCCAGAAAGUUUGCCAUAUCUGUGAAAAUUCCUGACACUAAAGGCUGUAGGAGAUGUAGUGUAGCAAGAAACCCCUACACGGACAGUACAUUUCUGUGUGGGGCGGUUCCAUCCGGCCUGGUUCUGCUGCUGUGGUAUGAGCCUCUGCAGAAGUUUAUGCAUCUAAAGCAUAUACCAAUGCGGCUACCAGAGUCACUGCCGAUAUUUGAGCUUCUGGUGCUGGUAACAGAUGAGUUUCCCCAGCUGUGUGUGGGGGUGAGAGAGUGUAAAAAUGGGGACAGUCCAACCAGUCAGCAGCUCCAGUUUGACACAAUAGAGCUAAGUGCUCCCCCUACUGCAGUGCCUGAUAAUGGUGAACUCAAAGCUGUACAGGUAACUCAGCUUGACCGAGACACAAUUCUGAUUGCGGUUGAAAAAAUGGUUAAAAUAGUGGACCUAAAAGGACUUCCGUCCAAAGAGCUGGCAGCUGAGAUCGUUUUUGACUUCCCAAUUGAAACACUGGUCUGUUUACAGGAUAGUGUCCUGGCUUUCUGGAAGCAUGGCCUUAAAGGGAAGAGUUUCCAUUCAGAUGAGAUUACGCAAGAAAUCACAGAUGUGAGUCGAGUUUUCCGAGUUUUGGGAACGAACAGAGACAUCAUCCUUCAGAGUACGCCAACUGAUGACCCUUCUGCACUGAGCAACCUGUACAUCUUGACUGGUCAUGAGAGCAGCUACUGAGCUGGAAAAUGGAUGUCCUCGCUCUGAGUGGCUUUGAACAAAAUUCACAUUGUUGUACCAGCUUAAAUGGAACGGGUAUCAUUUCAGUUAAGGAGUGGUGUUGGGGGAGACAUAGGGAAAGUGACCCGACAUAAAAAAAAUCUGUUUGAUAUUUCCAGUUCUUUUUUGGACAGCGUGUACUGCAAUCUUUUUGUGAACACCACGUUUGACCAGGAGGGAGAGUUUAGUUGUCUGAUGAAUUGGCUCUCUAUCCAGAAACUGAUGGGACAUAGCAAUAAGGCUUCUUGAUCAGAAAACUGCUAAAGCUCCCUGUGUAGAGCUGAUAUGCACUUCCACCAAAAUGGAAUUAAAUAUCUCCAUAUCACAGACAAUAAUAUCUGGGAUCCGUUCAGUAUUCCACCAAUUUAAUGGUCUUCUGGUUUGCUGAAUGUUUCAUGUUAUAGAGUGUAAUUGAAUCUGACAUGUCAACUACUAGAUGGGUAACAUGAGCAUUUUCACUGAAAAUGGCCAGUACCACAAAGUGAUAAUUUGAUACACAUGAAGAAGAAUAAUGGAUAUGAGAAUCAUUACAUUUAUAAAGAGCUGGGAGUUCUAGAGAAGAACCUGGGGGCUUAAGUGCUGUGCUCAGGGGUGGAGUGAUGGUGUAACAGGCAGUUUUAAAAGCAUCUGACAAUCAGUCUAAACAGUGAGUACAGAUCAGACCCAGAGGAUGCCUCGUGGAUGCAUUAGAGAGCAUGUCUGGCUUUCAUGGACUCUUAUAUACCAGGCAGUUGCUCGCCUAUAUGUUCCAGCAUCUUUGUGCAAGACUAUUGCUCCAGCUGCAGACAUAUGUUACCACUCCUACCCUAUUGCGCCCAUUCUCCAUUUAAGUGGGUUCUAACCUGGUGCUUAUCUUGGCCAAAUCAGUCUUAUGUGUUAUCAAAUGGAACACUGCUGUUGAUUUACUGCCAGACUUUAGUACUUUUAAGGGUAGUCAUCAACAGCGCCCCAUACACUUUAAAACUAUGUAGUGCAAUUAUGUCUACCAAAACACAAUACUCUGCCAAAUUACUAGCCCACAUUUAACAGUGAGCAUUUUGUAUCAUUUUAUGUGAUUAUAAAAGCGGCUGUAAUGGAUGUCUUCAUAACUAGCCAGAUUCAGCCUUUGAGAUAGGUUGAGGACUUCAUCAGGUCAGCGAUAAGCUGCUGCUCCUCUCCUUUGAAAGUCAGGUGAGGUGUUUCAGGUAUCCGAUUAGGAUGGGUUCUUGGUGUCUGAAUGUUUUCGGGGCAAGUCCCAAUGAGAGGAGAGCCUGGGGUAGACCUAGAACUUGCUGGAGGGACUAUACUCCUUCUGGUCCGGGAUUGCUUUAGGAUCUUAAACUUAGUACUCCAUCUUUUCCAAAUAAUUAUCAUUUCACAAAGUUAGAAAUACUUCCAUCCAGAUUGAGGGGCAGCUAUUGUUACCUCUCUUAGGUCACUGCUGUUUUAUUUCCUCCUUUGUAUUUUCAUAACAUACUUUUUUUUACUGUUUUAGAGCAGCGAAAUGAAAUUUUUGUUUAAUAAAAAUGUAUAUAUAUUGUUCAUAAUGUUCAUAAGAUUUUGCAGAUGGCCAGAUGAUCUAAAAUAAAUGACCUUAAAACAGAACUGACUUUUAACUCCGAUAUGCAUUUAGGUUCGGUAAUGAAUUACAGUAUAGUUGUACCUUGGUAGUCUCAAUUCCACUACACUGCAAUUGUCUGUGAUAGUGUAUACAGAUAUUUAUGUUAUUUAUACUGUAAACUAUAUUAACUCCCCCUUUUUUGACACGUACUUGGGAGACACAGUAUGAAUGUGUAUGUUGUUUCAAAAUGUGUUUUGAGUAGAAAAUUGUAUGUAUAUAACAACUGAGAAUGCUCAUUUAAUGUUAGAGUAUUUUUAAUGUGAAAAAAUAAAGAUUUUUAUGUCCUCUGUCAAUUAA